AUGAGGAGUGGAGGUGGGGGGGUGGCCGCAGCGUCCCCUCUUACUAACCCCCACAUCCCCACCCCCAAUCAACCAACCCCCUGUAACCUCACCCUUCAUUUCAACCGCCCCCUGGAACCGCACUCCCUCCCCCCGUUUCUUCCUCUAGACCCCUCCCCACCCACGAUGGUCCCUGUCCAAUUCUUCACAGGUGGGGGUGCUGGUCACGGGUGGGGCUGCUGGUCACAGGUGGGGCUGCUGGUCACAGGUGGGGUUGCUGGUCACGGGUGGGGCUGCUGGUCACAGGUGGGGCUGCUGGUCACGGGUGGGGCUGCUGGUCACAGGUGGGGCUGCUGGUCACGGGUGGGGCUGCUGGUCACAGGUGGGGCUGCUAGUCACGGGUGGGGCUGCUGGUCACAGGUGGGGCUGCUGGUCACAGGUGGGGCUGCUGGUCACAUGUGGGGCUGCUGGUCACAGGUGCCUGGUGCUGGCGGCUUGCGCUGGUGCCGGUGCGUGGUGCUGGCGGCUGGCGCUGGUGCUGGUGCCUGGUGCUGGCGGCUGGCGCUGGCGCUGGUGCCUGGAGCUGGCGGUUGGCGCUGGUGCUGGUGCAUAGUGCUGGCGGCUGGCGCUGGUGCCUGGUGCUGGUGGCUGGCGCUGGUAAUGGUGCCUGGUGCUGGUGGCUGGCGCUGGUGCUGGCGGCUGGCGCUGGUGCUGGUGCCUGGUGCUGCAGAUGGCGCAGGUGCUGGUGCCUGGUGCUGGCGGCUGGCGCUGGUGCCUGGUGCUGGCGGCUGGCGCUGGCGCGGGUGCCUGGUGCUGGCGGCUGGUGCCUGGUGCUGGCGGCUGGCGCUGGUGCCUGGUGCUGGUGGCUGGCGCUGGUGCUGGUGCCUGGUGCUGGCGGCUGGCGCUGGUGCCUGGUGCUGGCGGCUGGCGCUAGUGCUGGUGCCUGGUGCAGGCGCUGGUGCCUGGUGCUGGCGGCUGGCGCUGGUGCUGGUGCCUGGUGCUGUCGGCUGGUGCCGGUGCUGGUGCUUGCUCCUGGUGCUGGUGUUCCGCAGCCACUCCCUUCCCCCUUUUCCUCUCUUCCCCACAGCAUUCCGCCGCCACUCCCUUCCCCCUUUCCCUCUCCCCCCACAGCGUUCCACCGCCAAUCCCUUCCCCUCCUCCCUCUCCCACCCACAGCGACCGCCGCUGCACACGCGAACACUCGCGACGGGGGGGGGGGGGGGGGCGCCCGGCCCCGUUCCUAGCCAUGGCCCCGUCGCCCCUAGCCAUGGCCCCUCUCGACCUGCCGCCCCUAACCGCGGCCCCGGUGCCCUGUUGCAACAUGGUGGGUGA